AUGCGACCGGGCAACAACUUCAACUUCGACUCGUCCACCACUUCCUCCAAUGCCGCCUCCAUACCACCCACACCAGAUGGAGCCACCUUUCGGGAUCUCCUCAUCUUCGAGGAGCGUCUAAAGCAGAAUGCUGCACGGCUGCAGCGCCGCAAGCACAAGUAUCAGGGGAUCCUCCUCCUCCUCUGCGCUGCUAUCCUACUCCUAUCCUACCAUAGAAUCGUCGCCGCAAAUCGAUUUGUACCUCAAGCCAACAGGGCGCUCAGGCCUUUCAACAUGUACCUCAACACCCGCAGACCGCCGGCAGGGGACAGCUGGCUCUCCUCUCUGCCCUUCAUCAAGUCAAACGGCUCAGCAAUUCAGCCCAUUCCCCCUUCCUCAAACCCACGCGGAGAAAUGAUCUUCUCCUCCAAAGUCUCCCUAGCCUUUCGCGAAGGGUACGAACGCUAUCGGAACGUCUUUGAGAGGAGGAGAAAGGAGAAGUUGGACGCG